ACGCCUCCAUCGCGCCGAGUUCGGAUUCUUCCUAUUUUUUUUUUUUUUUUUUGCAGCACAUGGGAAGCAAAACUUUCCCACGGCCCCCUUCCCCGCGGCUGCUUCCCGCCCCUCGCUCCAGCCGCCCCCAGCCGCCGCCGGCCCCUUCCCCGGGACCAGGCUCGCGCGGGCGCCUCCCUGGGCACUUUGGCGGCGUGCCGGGCCCCCUCGCUUGCGGGCGCUGAGGCGUCGGACCCUUGCGCCCCGCUCUCGGGGCGGGCGGGAGAGAAGCAGCCUCGCCCAGCAAGGGGCUGGGGAAGGGGAGAACUUCGGGGAUGUGCCGCUGGCGGGGAGCCUGGCGCCGCGGCGCCCGGCGGCUGCUCUAGGGGAAGCAGGGAGGCGGCGCAGCGGCGGGGCCGCUCGGCUCCGGGCUCGUCAUGGGCACCGGCAUGUGCUCGCGGAGGCAAAAGGGGCUCCUGCAAACGGGCUUCUGCCUGGUGGCGGUGGCGUGUUUGGGCUCCGGGGUUUUCAUGUACGGCCACUUGCAGCAGAAGGCGAAGAGCGCCGAAGCCCUGGCUCUGAAAUACAGGCAGCAGCAGGAAGCCCUGUCCGCCCAGCUCCAAGUUGUGUAUGAGCACAGAUCCCGGCUUGAACGAUCCCUGCAGAAAGAGCGAGGGGAACACAAGAAGACUAAAGAAGAUUUUUUGGUGUAUAAAUUAGAAGCUCAAGAGGCACUCAACAAAGAGAAGCAAGAUUCUAUGAACAGAUAUGGGGCCCUCAGUUCACAGCAUAAGAUACUGAAGAACCAGCACGAAGAUGUCAAGAAACAGCUGCUUGACCUGCAGCUACAGCAGAACAGCUUGAAACUAGAGCAUCGCAAGACGGUGGAGACCCACAGCCAGAAAUACGCCCAGCUGCAGCGGGAGAAGGAGAGUGAAGUCACGGGCUUGCAGGAUACCAUCUUCAAACUCCGAGAGGAGAGCAAGCUUCUCCGGCAGGCCCACCAGGAUGUCCACUCUCAGCUGCUUGAUGCUCAGACCCAGAUGGAGGAGUUCAGGCAGCUCAAGGAAGCUCUGCAGAAGAUGCCAAGUUUCAAGGAAGUGGGACCUGUGAAGGGGCAACAGCAGCUCCAGGCAUUGAAGGAACAGCCCCCGGUGCUGGGCAGCAACCAUUUACAGUUCUCUAGGCAGAAGGUGUUUGCAGCCAACGGGGCCAAAAUUCCGCUGAGCCCUGUGGAUCAGGAGAAGCCCCCUGGAGGGAGCCUGAUGAGACCACAGAUCUCUGGGGUCAGGAGCCAGGGAGAGGGAACUUUGCCCCAAGGCCAGACCUCGCGUAAUAAUGAUGGCCCCAGGCCCCAGGGCAAUGUGCUGUUCGCCCAUCCCGCCCCACUGCAGGAAGCCAACCCACCACCAGCAGCCCUGCCUGCCUGGCCACAGGGGCACGGGGACAGCCCUGUGAUCCGAUUCACACGGACAGUGAACAGUGUGCAGAAUGGGAACUCGGAUCACAAGGUGGUGGUGAGCAUUCAGGGGAAAACCAGUGAGGAAAACCAUGCUCCCAGACGGGUGGUGCCCCAUCUGAAACACCCAUCUACGUUGGAGAAGGAGGCGGCUCCAGCCAACCAUCCCUUGGCAGGGAACAAACAGGUGCAGAUGCAAAGCUGGCAAGACAUUGUUAACAAAGUGAACGCCCGAAUGGAUGAGGAACAAGUGCACGGUUACCCAAAGCACCUUCACUUUGACACCAGAUCUGAGCAGAAUGGCAAUCUAUUGCUGGCCAAUCAACAAAGAGGGGCAGAGCAUGCGAUAGCCAAUCGGGAAGGAGACAAGGAAGGGACGGAUGAUGAGGAACUUGAGAUGGAUGCUGGGAUGAUUGAAAGAGAAGAGGAUAUCCACACCCGAAAAGAGGCAUUGGUCCAGGAGCCAAUGAUGCCUGAUGAUGCCGCAGACCCUGCUCAGGACCCCAAUAACCAAGGGGAAGAUGAGUUUGAGGAGGCCGAGCUGGAGAGGCCGGACUUUGAGAAGGUGGUGCAAUCAGACAAAUACAAGGAACCCAGCGUGCUAGGGAAAGAGGAGACAAAGAAGCCACUGAAGGAUGCCGCUGGGCCGGACAAAGCCAGGGAAGAGCCAAUGGACGACUACCAAGAGGAUCAGGAGCAAGAAAUUAUGGGGAAACUGAGGCACGAAGAGGCGCCGUGUCAUCCAACAGGAGGAUCACGGAGGGGAGGUGGAUGAUAACGGUGACCUGGAGCUGGUGCAGGAGCAUAAGGACCGUGGGGGCAUCCCAGGAGCUGAGAGCAAGAAGGACGAUUACUACUGAGGGUGCCAGCGGCUCAGAGCGCCUGGGAGGAGAAUGGCGUGUUAUGGGAGCAGGAGGGAGGAGUUGCAGGAAUCUCCUCGAGCGACAUGGAUCCAGUAUGAACUUCCGAAGGCGGGGCUGGAGGAAUGUGUGGCCAGCCCACAAGCAGGCCACUUCCAAACGCACAUCGUGUGUGUGUGUGCCCGGUGCAAUCCCAGCCGCGCUGCCCGCUGGCGGAGAAAGCAGAAGGGCUCUCUGACCCCCGGCACGGCCACAUCUUGCUGCUUCUCUCGGGGGCGCUUAUUGAUUUUUUCCCCCUCCUUUUAUUAUUCCUCACUCCCCUGUUUCAGAUGAAGGGUUUUUUUUAAAAUUUUUUACUGCUUGGGGCACGGGAGAGGCAGAUGUUUGCAGAACUACGAGACACCAGUGGUUGCACUGGCCCAGGCUGCUGCCCUGGACUCAUUUGACUGAUCUCUAAUACAAAGGAAUCUCUUUCUAAA